AUGUUUCGCAUUUACAACAUCUACGCUCUCGCCGCCUUUGGCACUAUUGGCGGCAUGCUUUUCGGUUUCGAUAUUAGCUCCAUGAGUGCAUGGAUUGGCGCCGACUCCUACAAAGAAUACUUCGGUCAUCCGAGCUCGACCCUCCAGGGAGGCAUCACGGCCUCUAUGUCCGGUGGCUCCCUUGUCGGUGCUCUGAUCGCUGGUUUCUUGGCCGAUUCAUGGGGCCGUCGCGGCGCUCUCAAGCUUGCCUCUAUCAUUUGGAUCAUCGGUGCCGUUCUCCAAUGCUCCUCCCAGAAUGUCGCCCACCUCAUCGUUGGUCGUGUCGUUUCUGGUCUGGCCAUUGGUAUCACAAGUUCCCAAUGCUGCGUCUACCUUGCUGAGCUCGCCCCCUCCCGCAUUCGCGGUCGUAUCGUCGGUAUUCAGCAAUGGUCGAUCGAAUGGGGCAUUUUCAUCAUGUACCUCAUCUCUUACGGCUGUAUCGUCAGUAUUCCCAACGAUCCCAAGGCAUUCCGCAUCGCCUGGGGUAUUCAGGGCAUUCCUGGUCUCAUCCUCGGAAUUGCUCUCUUCUUCUUCCCCGAGUCGCCUCGUUGGCUGGGCCAGAAGGAUCGGUGGGAGGAGUGCCACGAGGUCCUUUCUCAUCUCCACGCCGGUGGCGAUCGCGAGGCACCUGUUGUUCUUGCUGAGCUCGAUGAAGUCAGGGAGGCUGCCCGCGUUGCCGCCGAGUCUAAGAACGUUAGUAUCAUUGGUCUUUUUGGCCCGCGUGUCUGGAAGCGUACCUUAGCCGGGUGCAGUGUCCAAGUUUGGCAGCAACUUCUGGGAGGCAACGUAAUGUUAUACUAUUUAAUAAGUUUAUUCAAUAUGGCCGGCCUGUCUGGCAACGUGGCUCUCACUUCCUCUAUCAUCCAAUAUGUCAUUUUCCUUGUGACAACCGGCGCCAUCCUCCCGAUUAUCGAUCGCCUUGGCCGUCGUCCUCUCCUUAUCGGCGGUGCCGUCAUCUGCUGCAUCAUCCACUUCACAACUGGCGCUGUCAUGAAGGUCCACGGCAACCCAGUCGACAGCGUCAACGGCGACAGUAACUUGAAGUGGGAGGUCACUGGACCCCCGGCAAAGGGUGUCAUUGCCCUAUCCUACAUCUUUGUUGGUGUCUAUGGUCUCACCUGGGCCCCGAUCGGCUGGAUUUAUGCUUCAGAAGUCUUCCCUCUCAAGUACCGUGCGACUGGUGUCGGUCUAGCUGCGGCCUCCAACUGGGCUUUCAACCUUGCUCUUGCCUUUUUCGUUCUUCCUGCCUUCACUAACAUUCAGUGGAAAACGUAUAUGAUCUUCGGAACCUUCUGUGCCGCCAUGACUGUGCACAUCUUCUUCACAUACCCCGAGACCUCUGGCAAAACUCUUGAGGAGAUUGACGAGCUUUUUGACUCGAACAUCCCCGCCUGGCGUACCGGAAGUGCUGGUGUGCGCUUUGAGGACCGUGUAGCGGCUGCUGGGAGCAAGAAGGAGGGCCUCAACACUUCACAUGCUGAGAAGGUUGACGUAUAA